UGCAACAUCAUGCGCUCCUUAUAUGUUGUUUUUCCCACUGAAGUUAUCAAAGACUAGUGUAAAUAAAUAAUGCUUAUUUUGCAGGGCUUGUUUGCUACAACAGACACUAUGAUAGCUGCAAGCAAGAAUCCAGACUCCCCCUUUCUCUUUACGCUUUCCCUUUUCCAAUUGUGUUGUGCUAGGUAUCAAGAGCAAGGCAAGUAUGGAAUUCCACCUUUUGUUUCUUUAAAUACCUUGCAUUCAAACCUGUUGUCACCAUUCCUUAUUGCCAUUGCAUAGCUUGACAAAGAGAUCGAUCAAACCAAAAGAAAAAAAUGGCAACAGGCUUGCAAGUGUUUGGCCAGCCAGCAUCUACCGAUGUUGCCAGGGUUCUAACAUGCCUCUUUGAGAAGAAUUUGGAGUUUGAUCUUGUCCGCAUUGAUACAUUCAAGAAACAGCACAAGCUUCCUGAAUUCAUCAAGCUGCGGGAUCCGAGUGGGCAAGUGACAUUCAAGCAUGGCGACAAGACUCUUGUCGACCCAAGGGCUAUUUGCCGGUACCUCUGUACCCAGUUCCCAAAUCAGGGAAACAAGAGCCUCUAUGGAACUGGUUCUCUGGAACGUGCGUCGAUAGAACAGUGGCUGCAAGCAGAGGCACAAAACUUCAACCCUCCCAGCUCUGCCCUUGUCUUUCAGCUGGCAUUUGCUCCUUACUUGAACAUUCCUCAAGACUAUGCAGCUAUUGCCGAGAAUGAGAGGAAACUCCAGCAAGUCCUCAAUGUUUACGAUGAGAUACUCUCAAAGAAUGAGUACCUGGCUGGCGAUGAAUUUACCCUGGCUGACCUUUCUCACCUUCCAGACUCACAGUACAUCGUGGAUUCUGAUCGGGGGAGGAAGCUCUUCACUUCCAGGAAGAAUGUGGCGAGGUGGUUUGACACAAUCUCGAGGCGCAAGGCGUGGGCGCAGGUAGUCAAGAUGCAGCUGGAGCAUCCUGGUGCGUUCGAGUAAUGCCUGGGCUGUUGCGAGCAAGUGUUGGGUUCAUCUUGAAGAGCUCCAUCGUUCAUCGACCUGGCUUCUACUGUGCUGUGUUCUUUCGUUAUCGUUGUAACUUGUGCUGUCCUCAUUUGUCAAAUCCCUUACAUAUAUUGGCUUGUGAACCAAAAUAAUACGAGGCCUAUUUGUGAUAUCUGA